GGAGUGAACACAAGAGAAAACAUGAAGGUGUUUGUGUGCAGGUGUCUCCCCCUCGCACACUCCCACUUCCAUCUGCACACCUGUGGAAUCGGGGGUGCACAGGUGUUAGGCCACAGAGCAGAUCUUGCAGUGACUCAGUUUUGAGGAUUUGAGUUCUGUAUUUAUUGUUGGGAUUCUUAUUUCAUUAUUUCACAAAGUUUUAUUGGUCUUGUUAUGGCUACUCUUGGUUUGUGUUUCUUAUGACUUUUUUUUUCCUUUUUUUUUUAAGGUCAAGGAGGAACUUGGAAUUUGAUUUAUAUAUGUGUGAGGUUUUGUUGUAUUCUUUUUUUCUUUGUUUCCACCUUUCUUCAUCUGUUGUGAAUAUGACUAAAUUUCCACAAUUAGGAUGAUUUUCAGGAACCAUUUUACUCAUUAUUUUCAUCUUAAUCAUGCAAUGCCUGGAGCGAGUGAGUGAAAGGGGAAAAGCUUGCAAUAACAGAAGGAGAAAUGAGACAUUGAUGGCUCUUGGCAUCUGAAAGGGUGUUGUUGCCAGCUGCACACCUUGGAUAUGUGCAGGUAUUACAGCAGUAGUCAAAGCUCCCUUCUUUUCUAGUGACAAGCGGAUAUUGUGCCUCCCUUUUCUGCAUCAGUUGCAAUAAGCCUUGGACGAAGGUUCACGUGGGAGUAUGUAAAGCCAAUGUAGCUCAAGAGACGUAACUUUUGACCCUUAUUUGUAGUUUAGUCGUACCUGUUACCCCUUGCCCGCACAAUGUCUCGUAACGACAAAUCCAAAACCGGGAGCUUCGUAAGUAAGCUGGACAAGGUGCUCCUGGGAAGUUCAAAGAAAAAAACCAUUGGGAAGGAGAGAGGCACUCACAUCCCAAGACCCAACUCUGAUCUCGAACUCAAUGAAAUAGAGGAAGAUCAGUACAACCUCGACAACCUCAGCGAUGAACAGGUUAAAGCCAAGUUUCAGCAGAUGAUGACAGACAUGAACAUCCCGGAAGCGAGCAUGAUGCUAACCAACACACCUGUUGAUAAAAUGAGGCUCAUGUUGGCCAGUAACCACAAGGUGAUGGCUCAGACACAGCACAGGCUGGAGACUCCGCAGGACUACAUCGAGUACCUGAAGCGUGAUGACCUCAGCGUCAAGUCCAUCUUCAAGAACCUGGAGAGCCUGCAGGUGGCACUGCGGAGCAACAAGAUCCAGUGGGUGCAAGAGUUUGCACAAAAGGGCCUCAAGUGCCUAUUGUCCAUCCUGAAUGAGUGCUACAGGAGUGGGCAAGAAGGUGGCAAUAAUAACCGUCAGUGGGACAAUGUGCAGUAUGAAGCCAUCAAGUGCCUCAAGGUUAUCUGCAACAACAUUGUGGGCAUCAAAGAGUUCUUCAAACAAGCAGAAGGCUUCACCCUCCUGGCACAAUCCCUCAACCCCUCUAAACCCAAUAUCAUGCUUGAGGUCUUGCGACUCCUCUGCAGUUUCUGCCUCCCUAUCUGGCAGCAAGAUGGGCUGGAUGGGCACAGAGAGGUCUUGGAUGCCAUCACUAUUGUGGGGGAGCUCAAGAAGCAGGAAAGGUUUACACCCAUCAUUAUGGGGCUGGGCAUGCAAGGCAAUGACCCUUUAAGGCUCAGCUGCCUCUCGCUCAUCAAUGCUAUCAUCAACUUCGUGCCCGAUGAUAAUCUAGACUUCCGGAUGCACUUGCGAAAUGAGUUCAUGAGGAUGGGCCUGCAGGACCUCUUAGAGAUUCUAAUGAGCAGUGAACACAUUGACAUGAAGACGCAGCUGGAGGUGUUUAACAACUCAAGAAAGGAGGACUUUGAGGACUGGCAAGACCGCUUCUUCACACACGUGGAUGAGAUGGAGGAUUUAGGGCGCUGCUUUGAGAUUGUCAGGCAGCAAGUACAAGACUCCAACUGUGAGAUGCCUCUCCUAUCUAUCUUGCAGCACCUUGCCUUUAUCAGGGAUGACGAGAAUGUCAGGCCAGCCUACUUUAAGUUAAUAGAGGAGUGUAUUUCACAGAUCGUCCUACACAGAAAUGGGUGUGACCCAGAUUUCCGAGCCACAAAGAGGUUUGAGAUAAAACUAGAUACCCUUCUUGACCAGUUCAAAGAAGAGACACGUAACAAAAAUGAAAAGCUAGCAUCAGAAUAUCAGAUACAGUUAGAAGAAGCUCUUACCAAAAAUCAGAAGCUUGAGGCUGAGCUCUCACUGGUCAAGAGUCGCUAUGAAGAGGCCCUGAAACAUGGUGGAGAUCCAGGUAAAAAGGGUGGAUUACCAACUGUACAUGGUUUAGAGCAGAUGAUAGGUGGUGGACCUCCUCCACCUCCCAUGCCUGGAGCUGGCCCUCCACCACCUCCACCUCCUCCUGGGAUGGGAGGACCACCUCCUCCGCCACCACCUCCAGGUGCGGGUGGUCCUCCCCCUCCUCCUCCACCACCAGGUGGUCCCCCAGGUCCCCCCCCUCCUCCGGGAAUGGGUCCACCUCCACCUCCUGGCAUGCCUGCAAUGAGACCACCAGUGGAGACCCUACCAUACGGCAUGACACUAAGGAAGACAAUAAAGCCUCCUGCUCAAACAAAACGGCUCCAGUGGAACAAAGUGACCCCAAACAAGAUGAGCGAGAACAGUUUAUGGGUUCGUCUGAACAAGAAGGACAUCAAGGUCAAGCAGGAUGUGUUGAAGGACCUCAGCGAAAGGUUUGCAGUGAAGCAGCUGAAAAAGAAGAAUGUGGAGCAGGUGGAGAAGGCUACGAAGAAGGACAAGGAGCUGCGUGUGCUGGACCAGAAGACCAACCAGAACCUGUCCAUUGCCCUCCGGGGUCAGUUCAAGCACAUGAGUCUGGACGAUAUUCGGCUGGCCAUCCUCCAAUGCGACGAAUCCAUCCUCUGUGUGGACUCCACUGGUGUGCCAGACUCAUCUACGCUACAGACACUGAUCAUGGCCAUGCCAGAUCACGAGAUCAUCAAGAAGCUCACAUCACUGGAGGACCCAGAAGAAGACCUUGCAGAGGGUGAGCGCUUCAUUCACAGAAUAGGCAAAAUCAAGAAGCUAAUUCCGCUCCUCAAGAACAUGGCCUUCAAGACAGAUUAUCCAUCAUUAGUCAAGGAAACCCGGCUGGAUAUUGUGAACACCAAAGCUGCCCUGGAUGAGCUCAUUAACUCCAAGAAGUUUGAGAAGGUGUUGUCAUACAUCCUGGAGUUCGGUAAUGUUCUGAAUGCUGGCUCCAGGAACGCUGACACCUUAGGGUUCGACAUCAGUUUCUUGCCCAAGUUGUCAAACACAAAGAAUGCAGAUGGCCACACUUUACUGCAUUACCUGGCAGAGACAUUGAUGAAGGAGGAACCUGACAGUGCAGACUUUGAAGACGGCCUCUUGCAUUUCUCUGAUGCAGAAAGAGUCAAUGUGGAGGCAGUGAAAUCCAAUAUCGCAAAGAUGAAGAAGGAGAUCAAGAACAUUGGCAAUGAUCUGCAGAGGCACACCAAGCAAGAUCCAGAAGACAAGUUUAAAGAGAAGUUUGAGGAGUUCCACCGGACAGCUGAAGAGGAUGUGUCUCUUUUGGAGACAGAAUUCGACAUGAUGCAGAAGAGGUUCGUGCAGGUAUCGGACCUCUUCACCUUCGAGGUCAACAAGUACUCGCAAGAGGACUUCUUCAGGGACAUCAACGAGUUUAUUGCUUUAUAUAAACAAGCCAAAGAACAAAUUGUCAAAGAGGAGGAGAAGCGCCAGAGGGACCGCGAGGCUAAGGAACGUGCAGAACGGGAGAAGCUGGAGCGUGCAGAGAGAGACAACCGGCAACGGGCCCUACACGACGUCACGAAUGACCAGAGUAACACGGAGGUUGUGGAUCAGCUGAUGCAGCUCAUCAACACAGGCCAGGCCUUCGACGUCAUGGGAGCAGGACGUAGGAGGCGGCCAGGCAAAACAACAGAAUUAGGCUCAGGGUGUCGCAAGUGGGCUAAGGCACUGGUAGAUUUCUGCAGUCGAAAGACGGGAAAAGAACAGACCGAGAGAAGGGCCCAGCUGAAUCGGAGCCGGUCGCGUUCCGGUUUGGCCGCGCAGUCGCCAACUAGCAACAGAGAAAUUAAGCUGACGGACACCAUCGAUGUGGAUGUGGAAAACCAGCCAGUUCGGUCAUCUCGGCCUCGCACGCGACGGCCAGGACUCCCAACGGGCCUGGAAUCACGGGACAGGAGCUUCAACCAACAGCAGAAUGCCGUGAAUGGGGAUUCUUCCGAUGCAUUGCUGCAGAGACUCCGGGAAUUGUAAAAAGAGAAGAGAAAGAGAAAGAAGAGUUCUGCGAGAGACAAUGAGUGGGAUAUGUCUCUGCAUUUAUAUCUGUUGAUAUUAUUCAUAAUAAUCAUAUUUGUUUUAUUCUUAUUCUUAUCAUUAUUAUUAUUAUUGUUAUUGUCAUUAUUAUUAUUGGUAAUCUUAAAAUGCCUCUUGAUUUUAUUAUCUUUAUUAUUAUUAAUGUUAUUACUGCUGAUAUUUAUUGUAAUUAUCAGCAUUAUCAUCAUAUUUUUUUUUUUUUUUUCAUAAGGUCAUUACCAUGAUAUUAUUGUUUUUUUUUUUCCCAUAUGUAUAGAUUAGAGAAAAUUAUAUAUUUUAAAGAUAUUGAUAUUUGUAUAGUUAGUUCAGUGGGAAGUACUGCCAGUAAAAAGUUUAUAGAUCUAUUUGAUAGAGAGGAUUACUGGACUUUCAGUGAAUGCAUUAAAGUAGAUAGAUGGUUUUAUUGAUAGUUUAGGGCUUACUUGGUUAAGUUCAGGAAUUUCUAUAUAGAUCAGUGGCAUAUUUGAUUGUUUUAUUAUUGAUGUUUUUACUACUGUCAUGAGUUCUGUUAAUAUUAUAAUUGAUAUGAUUAUUAAUUUAUUAAUGUUUUUACUUUUAUUUAUAUAUUCAUUUUUUUAUCAUUAUAAUGUAUACUUAUAUAUACAUAUACACAUGCAUAUAUAAAAACAUGUCAUCUUCCAUUCAUAUCACAACUUCUAAAUAGAAUGCCAAAAUCAUCAACAGAUAACAAGGAAAAGAAAUGGAGCAAAAAAUGAAGGGUUGUUAUUCUUACGUCUAACCAACAAGGGUUUCCAAUUUUAUGGAAUGACCCCACUCUGUCCCAGGUGAACUUGGUGCCCAUUGAUUUAUUAAUGUUAUUUGCUGUAUUUCUCUCUAACUUCUUUUUUCUUCUUUGUCUUACUGCGUCUUUCUUUACCUUAAAUAUGACAGGCUCUUUCUGUGCAAACAUGUAAAGAGUGAUUCUUUUUAAUACACCCUGUGGGCGUACGCUAUAAUUCUUGAUUUCUGAAGUAGUGUUAUAACAUGAUAAUUUUAUGUAGGUAUCCUCCAGUUGCAAAUACCCUUGUGCGUAAUCUGUGCAUGUGCUUGUAUAUAUAUGUUUGUGUCUGAAUAUACACACAUGCACACAUCCUUGUACAUUGUGAUGCAACGUAUCUCGUGAUACUGCCAUGCUUUUACCUUUUCCUUCUUCCUUCUCUUUCUUUAUUGUUCUUCUCUUUUCUGUGUGUGAAUAGAGAAGGUUCCUUUACUGUUCCAUGCUUUCUGUUUGUGUAGAGGAACCUCAAAAGCUUUUUCUUGACUAUCUUUUAUAUUAUAAUUUUCCCCCCCCUUCUCUUUCUCUCAACUAACGUAUGUUGUAAGAGUUUGUCGUGAUGUUGCACUACGGAAUGAAAUAAUGAAAACAAUUUGUGAUACCGUUGAAGCUGCAAUAUUCAGGCCUUUGUACUGAUGCAUUAAGCUUGUGCCUUGAUUUGUUUCUGUGUCUGUCUUGCGUCCGAAGAUUUUUUAAGUUUAAUUUUUAUUUUAUUUUCGAUAACGGUGUGAAUUGUACAUAAAUCAUUGCAUUCCUCUUGUACCUGUGAGAUGUCAAAAAAGAAAGAAAAAUAAUGCAUUACAUCAUAUGAUUAAAAGUUUGAUGGAUUUGUCAGUGAGACUGACUUUUUUUUUUUUUAUCAAGAGGCAAUCACUUUGAAAAUUUUCUCAUCUCUUUAAUCCUUUACGGAUGGGUCACGUGUACAAGCAUCAUAACACACCGCUUGGUCUGCGGGUUAUGGCUGUAUGCGUGGCGAUGCACCAGAGCACGUGGGGCAGGAAGUUCCGCUUCUCGUAGUGGACUCCUGUGCCCAGUGUCUGGACAUUGCCGGAAAUCACCAGAGUUUAUGACGCUCAGGGAUUUCUGAUUCCCCGUCGGCGUUGGGUUAAAGAAAUUUUAAUAUUGUAGAUUACUUUUGGUGUUGAUUUAGCUUUGUAUUUAUAUUUUCUUCCUUCAUGAUUUCUUUUUUUAUUAUUAUCUCUGCCUCUCCUUUUCAUCUAUAUAUGUACAUAUAUAUGUAUCUGGAGUUGAAGAAUCCAGUAAAAUUUCUUUUUCCCAGGCAUUUGUAUAACAAGCUGAUUCCAUUCUACAACACUUGACCCGAAUUACCUCCCCACCCUCCACUCUCACGUGAUUUAUUAGAAUAUACCGGCCACAUGUGUUCAAAAUAACAUUGCAAACUUAUAUUUCAAAACUCCAUAACACAUAAUAUAUGUAUGCGUUUGUUCAGAGGAUAUCCAUUGUGUUGGAUAUCGUUCAACUUUCAUUGAUAAGGAAUAAGAAGAGGUAACAAAGGUAUAAUCUCCAGUACAGAGAUGUAAAUAACAUUGUCUCCGUGAAUUUACAAAUUGAUGUUGUGCUUAUUUGUAAGCACAUUUCGUGUAAAUGGUCUUCCAUUAUAUAUUUAUCCAAAUAGGAUUUCUGAGUUUUAUCUUUAGAGAGAGAGAAAAAAAAAAUUGUCAAUUAACUUCCUUGCUUUUAACAAGGACUCUUUCAUAGAGACUUUCACUUGGUAGAUGCAUUUGCAGUUUUCAGCACCUGCAUUUGGAUUACUGUCUGUGUUAUUAAUUUCCACCGCUUACCUCUGUUUUUUGUAGUUGGGAAAUUCUUCAUUCCAGAUGUUUUCAUGAAUUAAUGAUAUUAAGUGUGUACGCUGUUUUAGGGGAGGUCAAAAAGUAAGCAGGUAUGAGAUUAUUAUUAUUUUUAGUUCCUCUUCCCCAUGUGUGUGUAACUAAUUGUGUUUCUUUGCUAUACAUGUCAUCUACAUAUAAAUUUUGAUAACUAUUGGUCAUCUCAUGGAGCAGAAGUAGAGUCACCCAUACUUCUUUUCAGAAAGAGAGAUAGCAUUGGGUUUUUGAUGUGGUGCACAGACUUAAUUAUUUUUUUUAGAAACGCCUCUUUUUUUUUUUUUUUUGUUUUGUUACAAACACGCCUGUUCAUGAGUAAGAAUAGUAAAUUUUUUUUCUUAGUAAUAUCAUGAACUUUACAACACAGGGAUUGUUUUCUUGUUUUAUCUUUUACUUUAAUAAAAGAGGCUUUGAAAUAAGAAUUAAAUUGAAACAACGAAUCUUGAACAACUGCAGCUAGUCUGUUAUUUGCAGUUAUGCCAAUAUGAUUGUGAUUAAAAGGUCCAAAACAACAUCUGGAUUCUUUAAAAUAAUAGAAGAUGUGCCAUCAAGUGUUCAGCAGUUUUAACAAAGCAUUUAAUAAUAACAAGAUAUAAGUUCUUUUGUAUCUUUCAUUUCCAUGGAUUAUUUAUAUGUAAAUAACACGUCAGAAUAUUAAGCCAAGGUCUCCGUUGUAGUACAUUGAAAAAUCUCCAUGGAGGGGUUAAAAGUAGCCUCGUAUUGUAAUGAAAACUUGCGUAGUGCCUAAGUUUUGUCUCGUGUAGAUCUGUAUCAUCUUAUUUUCCCUGUGUUAACCAUUGCUGUGGUACCAUGGUAAUUUAGUUUGACUUGCUACAUUAUUCUUUUAACUCCCAUCCUUUCUUCUGUUUAAAGUGCCAUUAAACAGCUCUCUGUAUAUAAGUUUUGGUAUGUAUUUAUAUUUAUAUAUGUAAAGAGAGUUCUUUUGGAAUGCCCUAUAUUGUUUGAUAACACAUCCUUUUAAUAUAUUUUUCCCCCAUUCAAAUCACACGUAGGUGCCAGUUUAUCAAAGAUAUUUCCUCUUGAUACAUGCGUAAAUCAUGGUGGAAGCAACCACAGCUUGGCAAUCAUAGUAAUAUAUACUACUUUGCUCAUCCAUAGUGUAUAGCCUUCAUGGAAGUAAGAGUUGCUGUAGCAGUAAUAUUCUGUUCUCAUUUUUGUAGCUGCCAGUAUGCGCCUUCCUUACGAGUGAUGAUGUCGAUAAAUCAGCAUGACGGAGAAAUGUAGAAUUCUUUUCAUUUAACCCGAGAUUCUGAUAAAAAACAAUACGACUUGUUUUGUUUUUCUCUCAGCCUGUUUUUAGUGUGUAUUUAAAGAUGAAAGGAAGCACCCAAAGCAGUCUUUUGUGUUUAUAUUGGAUUUUUAGGGAUUUUUUUUUUUCCACAUUUCAUUAUUAUAAGUGUGAAGAUUUUUUUUUUCUUUAUUUAAUGAAACUGUGCUCACUUUUUUGUGCUCACUCAUAUUUUUGCAUCUUACCAGCAGUAUGUGCUUCAUCCUAUAUAGAAGCUUUGUAAUCAGAUUUUUACCUGCUAGAAUUUGUUUUUCUUUCUUUCUUUCUUUAAUUUAUUAUCUUUAUUAAUUAUCAAUUGAUUAUUGAUUAUAUAUUAAUUGUUAUUGAUGAGUGAAAUGAAUUUAGUUCUUUGUUGCUGUGAUAUUAUGUAAGGUGCAUCAUAGGAUUCAUGGAUAUGUUCUUUUUCAUGUUUUAAGUAAAAGAGGGUGCUUUGAAUUAUAUUCCUUUGGGUAAAACCAUUUUAUAGUGCUGUCUCUUUCAUUAUUAUUUUAUUUUAUCUAAUUGUUUAUUUAUUUAUUAUUUACCUUUUUAAAAAGUUUUCUUCAUGUUUAAAGAAGUACUGUAAUAUCAAAGAAAUUAUAGAAAAGAAAUUUUGAUUUUUUUUUUAUAUAAAAACCUAAAAGGAUAUGAAGCAUUUUGUGAAAGUAUAUUUAUAUAUCAAAUGAAGUAUUUUAUAAAAUGUUCAAACUGUUAUGCACAUGUUUAAGAACACAUACACACCUCCAUAUCUUUCUUUAGCAUAUAAAUAGGGUUUUAAUUUUUUUUUAAUGGUGCUUGUAUGAAAGAACAUUUAGAAUAGAAAAAAUAAAAUUAAAAAAAUAGUAAUUCUUGUGAUUUUUUUUUUUUUUUUAGUAUUUUAAUUUUGAAUUUAUCUUUACUAAAAAAAAAAGAGUAUAUUAAUUUUGAAUUUCCUUAAAACUAAAGAAAGUAGGUUUUUUAACUUUAGAAAGUCAAGUAAGAUAUUUUAGUAGAGAUUUCCAAAGAUCAUGAAUAGUGUAAGGAAAUUUUGUUUAAGAAGUAUGCUCUGUGUUUUCUUGUUCUUUGCAUGAUAUCACCCAGCUUUUUUUGAACACCGCAUAAAUUUAAUCUUGUGAAUUUCCUUGCAAAAAGUAGUCCUGUCAGACUGAAGACAAAUUCUGCUUGGCAUUAGAACGUAUUAUUUGCAGCUUUAUUUUUGUCUUUAUCAGUCCUUUCAUUUUUUUGUUUUGUUUUUUUCAUGAUGUGGGAGAGGAAAGUUGCUUCUAUGCAUGGUUAGAUGUGAACUCUGCAUGCAUGUAUAGGUUGAGUGUAUACAUGCAUGGAGGAAUAAGUUCAUUACUGACAUGCAUUUGCUUGUAACUUCUAUAAUUUUAGGAGUAGGAACAGUGUCAUGAAGUGGGAUCAGGUUUCAUUCUGAUUCAUACAGUAUAUAAUAUUUAUUUCAGGUUACUUUUUCUUUUUAUUAUUAUCAUUAUUCUCUCUCCCUCUCCCUUACCAUCACCCUCACCCUUACCCUUACCUACAUCAGAAUAAUCAUCAAAGAAUAUCCGAGCUUUAUCUUUUUUCUUCUUUUUUUUCAAUGCACCAAUAUAUAUCCUUCAGUUACACUUCUCAUUUUGCUUGCUUUCUCUAUCAAUGCUCUUUGUUAUGACAAGAAACAAAAUUCCAACAAAGUGAUUUCCAUCUUGCACAAGAAGUACAAGGGGCCAAUUGGAUACGAUAUAAACUGUUGUACAUAAUAGUGGAAAGUUUAUUUUUAUUACAUACAGCCCAUUAAACUACGCAAUAAUAAUGAUAGAAAAAAUCUACCGGCUAUUAUCUUUUUAAACGAAGGCAGAACCUUUUGUACAUAUUUUUAUAGAGUACUUUUGUAAAGAGGAAAAAUCCAUCAUAAUGUUACCAUUAUUAACCAUGUAAUAAACUAUGGCUUAGUUCUU